AUGGUGUCUUUGGAACAGGCUGCGGAAUGUGCUGGAAAACUGUUUAUCUUUCACUCUUCGUUGCCAACUGCGGAAGCACCGGGGAAGCUGAGGAACAGAGAUGACAAAAAACUACUCAAUACAGAUAAAGAAAAGACACUCUUCCAGCCCCAGGUAAAUUCUUACGAGGCCUUAGCCAGGGAUUGUGUGGCAAAUGGCUGCUCCGUCAAUUUGUUCCUCUUCCCGAAUCAGUAUGUGGAUGUAGCCUCCAUGGGUCUUGUCACAAUGUACACUGGAGGAACAUUGUACAAGUACAGCAACUUCCAGCUCGAUGCCGACAGCCCACAGUUCUUAAGUGACCUCAGGAAGGACAUAGGAAAAAAGACUGCAUUUGAUGCAAUAAUGAGGGUUCGGACAAGUACAGGCUUUAGGGCUACGGACUUCUUUGGUGCUAUUUACAUGAACACCACCACGGAUGUAGAGAUGGCAGCAGUUGACUGUGACAAGGCAGUGACGGUGGAGUUCAAACAUGAUGACAAACUGAAUGAAGACAGCGGAGCCUUAAUUCAGUGUGCUGUCCUUUACACAUCAAUAAGUGGGCAAAGAAGACUUCGCAUACACAAUAUAGGUUUGAAUUGUAGCUCCCAGUUAGCUGAUGUCUACAAGACUUGUGAGACUGAUGCACUUAUCAACUUCUUUGCUAAGUCAGCUUUUAAAGCCAUUCUCAGCCAACCACUGAAGACUGUCAGAGACAUCCUAGUGAAUCAAACAGCUCACAUGCUGGCGUGUUACAGGAAGAACUGCGCCAGCCCCUCAGCAGUGAGCCAGCUCAUCCUUCCCGAUGCAAUGAAGGUCCUGCCGGUCUACAUGAACUGCCUGUUGAAGAGCUGCGUGCUAGUUGGCAGGCCAGAAAUCCAAACGGAUGAGAGAGCUCACCACAGACAGCUGGUCAUGUCCAUGGGGGUGGCUGACACACAGCUCUAUUUCUAUCCCAGGCUUCUGCCCAUU